GCGGGUCUGCUGGUGUGAAAUGUCGAACAGCUUACAGAUCUCUCCCCGGCCCUAUUUUAUGGUGCUCACGCACGCUUCCUCCUUACCAAAUACCAAACACCAAACACAGCGCUCGAUGGCGUCUCGCCGUCGUCCUACCUCGCUAGUCUUCCUGGUGUUGCUAUACCUCUACCAUGGGCCGCGCUGGGCCUUCUCGCUCUCCUUCAACCUCAACUUCUCCGACCCCAGCGCCGCUUCAUCGAUCGCCUUCACCGGCGAUGCAUUCCCAACUCCAUCAACGCUCGAGCUCACAAAAGAUACACGUAUGUCAAAUAUUCAGUACAGCGUCGGCCGGGCAUCGUACGCGCAAAAGGUGCCGCUGUGGAGCAACGCCACCGGCGAGAUGGCUAGCUUCACCACCACCUUCUCCUUCCGUAUAACUCCGGACAACCUCAGCCUGCUGUAUACAGGCGAUGGGAUGGCCUUCUUCCUCGGCCAUUUCCCUUCGGUGAUCCCGCGGGAAAGCGACGGCGGCAGCCUCGGCCUCCUCCCGGCCAGCACUAACGGGACAGGCGACACCCGGAUCGUGGCCGUGGAGUUCGACACUUACCCCAACACUCUUGGUGGCUCAUCGUACUACACCGACAUCAACGGGAACCACAUAGGCAUCGACAUCAACUCCCUCAACUCCACGGCGUCCACGGACACGACGACCUGGCCGGGAAAGAACCUCACGUCGCCCAAUGUUAUGAAAACCGCCACUGUCAGGUACCACAAUGACUCCAAGAUGUUGGCCGUCGACCUCGUCAUCGGCGAUGCCCUGUACCAAGUGAAUGCAACCGUUGAUCUGAGUAGAUAUUUACCGGAGGAGGUCGCCAUUGGCUUCUCUGCGGCGACUGGCAUGUACGCCGAGCUGCACCAGAUACUCUCAUGGUCAUUCAAUUCCACUCUGCAGCUUGAAUCAAAGAAGGAAGCACCUCCUCUUCCAAUUCCAGCCAGCAGCAGCAACAAGCACAAAAAGUUGGUACCAAUCCUACUUUCCAGCCUAAUUCCUCUGCUUCUUUUGUUGGUCUGUGCGGCGGUGGUACUGGGAUGGCGGCGACAAAAGAAAAGAAGAGCAAAUGAGUAUAGUAGUAGCGACUCCGAAGAACCGAGUGUCGACAGAGCUGGCCUUGAGAGAGGUG